UACUUCUUUGCAGAAAAACUAUUACUGAGGACUUGGAAGAUUCCUGAGCGAACACAUGCUAUAACAAAUGUAUGGUUGCCACUUAUACCUGACUUCCAUCUUGCUCGGCUAUGAUUAAAUGGCAACGAGCAAUCUUAAAGUUUACUUGUCCAAAAGAAAAUUCUCGCGUCGUUUAGUGGGGACUCUAAAACGAAUGGAACUAACGCUGAGUGUCGCCCGUCGUCGUUGAGGUUUCGCGCGAUGUCAAUCGGGUCGCCAGGGAUGGAUCCAGGCAGUGCCAUCCUGGGGCUGAGCAAGGCCAACGAUGAUGAGGUGAAGCAGGAUGGCUUCCCGCUAGCUGGUCAGCAUCCGCCCGAGAGCGUGCAGCAGCUGAUGAGCCUGAGCGGCGGCGGCGGCGACGUUGACGCGACGCCGUACGUCCAGGAGACCGACGUCGUGCGCAGCGUCACACCGGCGAUGCAGGCGUUCUCUGCUGGCCAACCGAUCAACCCCAGCUACUACACGCACAUUCCCGUCAGCCAGCUGGCGUCGGGCUACACGUACGCAGCCGGUGACGGCCAGAGCUACCUGUACAGCAGCCCUGUGUCGACGACGCAGACGACGCAGCUGCAGGCCGACGUGAACAUGCACGCGCAGUACGCGAUCAUCACGUCUGCGGCGGACCCGGGCGACGCCGCGUUCGAGCGCAUCCAGCUUCCCGGUGGGGCCUCGCCUUCGUCUGCCGCCGUGUACGUGCCCGUCCCCGGCACCGCCGUCGUCGUCUCCGCCGACAGGAUGCCGCUGAGUUCGCCCGGCGGCAGCAUACUCGACCACACCGGCUACGGUGUGCCGCAGCACCAGCUGGACCCCGUCGCGUACGCGAUCGCCGAGAUGGAGAAGGCAAGCAGCCCCGAGCCGCAGCCGCCGCCGCCGGAGACGGAGGAGUCGAUCAAGGAGAAGGUGUCGCAGGCAACGUCGAUCAUGGAGGAGCACACGAACAAUCAGACGCGCGGUGACGAGGAGCAGGAGGAGGCUGCGGCGGGCGGCGGUGCGGGCAAGGACGACGCAUCGCUCGAGGCGGACGACCUGACGAUCGACGAGGACGCGCCGACCGUGUUUGCGGAGGUUCGCGCGACACUCUCGCGCGCGAUGCUCGACUCGAUCCCCGGAUCGAAGACGGCGUUCUUUGGACGCCUCGACGUCGAGUACGGCGUGCGGGUGCGGCACAACGACGACGCGGGCGACUACACCGUCGCAGGACCCUUUCGGCAGAUCGUCGCUGCGCAGAAGUCGCUGCGGCGGCUCAUGCUCGACUGCAGCGGAGAGCUGGGCGGGGGCGUCGUCGACGAACAGUGCGACCAGCAGACACAGUGUGACCUGAUCGUGCCGAGCCCACCCGCGCAGACCAAGGUGGCGAAGGUCGGUCGACCGCCAGGGCGAGGGGGGCGUCUUUGCGUUCAGAGGGUUCCCUCGCAGCCGGUCGAAGUGCUGGCUGAAAGUCACGUAGCACCUCUGCCUGAACCGGAAACGACCGAGGUGUGGGCACCGUCGCCAGAGCUGCCAGCUGCCGACAGUCCGAAGGAGGAGACUCACACAGUAAGCGCGCUCGAGACUCAAGUCAAGAAAAAGAGGCCAGUGUACCGAGGCGUCGGCAAGCGACGCAGGGGCUUGAGGGGACGCAAGCCGAAAUUCUGCGUGAAGACAUUGAUGAAAUCCCUGGAAGACGACGACGAGGACGAUGAGAGCGAAAUGACGCGAGAGCUGACCGAUCAGAAGGAGAUGGACCCUACCGUGCAGGACACCGUAGACGCUAAUCCAGAUGAUAACUCCACGAAGGUGGACGAUUCGUCCAGCAACGCUGACUCACAGGCGCAAGCGGGCACCACUGUGAACGGUGACGAUCCGGAUUGGCUGCCCGAAUCCGACCCCAAGGACCGGAAGACUCCACAGACGCUUGUGAAAUCGGCCGACAGUGUUCUGCGGAAGCUGCUGGCCGACGCGACGGGUCCUGCCUCGCAGGCGGGCGACGCGUCGAGCAAACAUGCUGCCGCGGAGUCGGGCCAUGGCGGCAGCGGCGGCGAGACGCCGCCCUUGCUUGGCCGCAAGAAGGCGAAGAAGGACUACGAGCAGCUGACGCCCUUCAAGUUCUUCUGCAAGCAGUGUUCGUUCAAGACGAAGCGCGAGAGCCACUUCCAGAAGCACACGCAGAUCCACGAGAAGGUGAAGACAAUCCACCGGUGCGCGCUGUGCAGCUUCACGACGCUGCGUCUCGGCCACCUGCGGCGGCACGAGCUCGAGCACUCGCAGCGCGUCUACUUCUGCGACUACUGCAAGUACGGCACCGACGACCUGAAGCUGCUGCAGCGGCAUGUCAAGUUCCGGCACGAGCAGCGCGCCGAGGAGGCGGAGCCGUCGCGCGUGCUGCAGUGCAAGUCAUGCGACUACAAGACGCUGAAGCCGUACCACUACCAGCGGCACAUGCGCGUGCACGCCGACGGCGGCCGCAACCGCAUGUUCCAGUGCGGCGUCUGCGAGUACAAGACGAGCCGCAAGGAGCACUACACGCGGCACACGAACAACGUGCACACGAGCCGGCGACCGUUCCUCUGCGACCUGUGCGGCAAGGCGUUUAAGCGCGCCGACGCGCUGCGGCAGCACAAGGGCACGCACAUGCAGACGGAGGAACGCGAGUUCCCGUUCCACUGCCACAUGUGCGAGAAGGGCUUCCGCUCGCAGGCGCACCUCAGCGAGCACAUGGCCUCGCACUCGGACCUGCGCGCGUUCCUCUGCGAACUCUGCGGCGCCUCGUUCAAGACGCGCUCAGUGCAGCGCAAGCACAUCCUCACGAUCCACAAGAACCCGCGCGCGCACCAGUGCGACCAGUGCGACAAGCGCUUCAACACGAGCUACGCGCUGCGGCGUCACACGAAGCUGCACUACCCGACGGAGGACGCGCUGCCCGCCGAGAAGAUCCAGGUGAAGGAGGAGAUCGCGAUCGUGCAGUAUCCGUCCGACCAGAUCCCGCCGCACCUCACCGCGCACAUCAUUCCCGCGCACCUUGUGCAUGACCCGAUGGUGCAGGACACGCAGCAGGGCGGCCAGCCGAUACAGAUCAUGUCGGCCGAGGAGUAUGUGCAGACGCAGGAGGUGGACCAGCAGCGGCCGCAGUUCGUGCAGACGACUGAGACGACUACGGCCCUGCUCUACCUGACCAGCAAUUUCGGGCAGUACUGAUCGGGUCUACGAGGGUCGUCAUCGUCGCACGUGGCUGGUGAUGGCUGGGAGUGACUUUCUGUGGAAAGUGAUGUGCUUUACGUGCCGGUGACGAAUCCAAGGCACCUACGGCAUCGUAGUGGAUCGUGCUCAAUUAAGACUCAUUGUACGGUGUGUACAAAUAAUUUAAUGCAAGUGAAGAAUGGAGACUGAGUUUCGUACUUAUCCUGUCAUCAUGCAGCAUCGAUCGGAUUUCGUAUCAGAACAGGCACGUGCAUAAACUGCAGGUGUAUUGCGUUUGUAGAAUUCUUGCAAUUAAUCGAAAUGUAAAUGUGGUGUUUUGCAAUAUGCCUGGAUUCGCUGUGAAUAUGCAGUGGGUGUAAAAUAGUAUAGCAUUUAUAUAAAAGACCUCGAACUGUUACCGAUUUACUCUAUUUUGCCUCGCGGCAUACCGAUGUGUAAACAUGGUUAUAUACGAUAUGAUAGGCAUUUAUGAAAUGUGAGUGUGUCUGAGAAGUUGGUUAUCUUUUUAAUCUAGUGUUAGGAUGAUAUUUUUACUCAUUAAUUCAUUGUUGUUGCACAAUUUUAUUCUCAGUAUCAUCGAAUUAGAAUGGAUCAGAAAUCUCUAACAUGUCAUUUCUUCUUCUUCGCCUUCUUCUUUGUCUUCCUCUUCUUCUUCUUUGUCAUCAUCGUCGUCUUCUUCUUCUUCGGCAUCUUCAUCUUCUUCUUCUUCCUCU